CAGCGGAAAAAUUGUUUUCCAAAUUGUCUGAUCCAAUAACAAUAAGCCACAAAAAAAUCACUGUGGUUGGAGUUGGAUCCGUUGGCAUGGCAUGUGUGUUUAGUUUACUUACUAAGAAUGUUACAAAUGAUAUAGCUCUCAUCGAUAAAGAUAAAAAAGCGUUGGAAGGAGAGAAUUUAGACAUACAACAAGGGGCAUUAUUUUUAAAAAACUAUAACAUCCAAGCCAGCAGCGAUGACUAUUCAAUAACAAAAAAUUCACAAAUUUGCAUAAUUACUGCGGGUGCAAGACAAAAAGAAGGAGAAUCAAGACUUAAUUUAGUUCAACGUAACGCAGAUAUUUAUAAGUCGAUAAUACCGGAGCUUGUGAAACAUAGUCCAGACACUAUAUUAUUAAUUGUUUCGAAUCCUGUGGAUAUACUAACAUAUGUUGCAUGGAAACUGAGUAGUUUUCCAGUACAUAGAAUAAUUGGUUCGGGUACACAUUUAGAUACAGCUCGAUUUAGAUUUUUAUUAUCACAAAAACUCAAAAUUGCACCGAGUGAUUGUCAUGGCUGGAUUAUUGGUGAACAUGGUGAUAAUAGUGUUCCAGUAUGGUCCAGUGUAAAUGUAUCUGGAAUGAAUUUAAACGAUUUAAAUCCAAACUUUGGUACAUGUGACGAUACUGAAAAAUGGGCAGAAAUGCAUAAAGAAGUUGUGGAGAGUGCCGGGAUUCUAUGGCAUUGAAGAUGAUGUGUUUUUAUCACUUCCUGCAUCCUUAGGUGAAAAUGGCAUUAUACAAG